UAUUAAUAUUAUAAUAAAAUAAAAAAAAUAAAUUUGUGUAAGCAAUACGCCGGGAAACAUUGAAAAGGGCGUCAUUUGCUGAAGCGGUUUAGUGUAGAGUAGCUCUGAGCUUACCUCUAAUGGCGGUGAGGUAAAAUACCCAUAUUCCUGCUCCAAAAGUCCUUUCAUUUCAGUAUAUUUCUCUAUCGUUAUCGUUCCCACGCUUUGGCGCCACAUUAUUCCUCUACUUUCAUCUCUGUUCAUCAGCUUCAACCUCUGUUCUCUGCUCUCAUUCAGAGAAAGGGUGGAAAGGGGGAGAGAAAGUGGUUUAGAAAGCAUCAGUAGCAGCUGUGUGUCAAGUGGGAAUUACUGACGGUUUUGGAAGUAACUUGCUAAAUAUGACGGAGAAGGAGGACACUUGCUCUCCCACUGGUGUUUUAGAGGAUUAUUUCAGAAGCUCAGACUCUGAAACAUGCUCUUCCAAAGAGCCCAAUAAUGGGUCCGAGUCUCACAAAAAUCCAAAGCUACGUUCUCGAUGGCAUGGUUUCAUGCAAUUGCUAAGAACAAGAUCCAAGAAGCCUUUGAAUACAAUGCACCCUCUUAAUGUUUUGAACCUCUCUAGGAGAAUGAGUGGCAGUAUGAGGGAGAUUAUAUCGAAAUUUGGGUCGGACUCUGAUUAUGGUUUGAAGUCUCCAUGGAAAAACUUUUCUUUGUAUGAGCUUCAGGUCGCAACAAACUAUUUCAGACAAGAAAACUUGAUUGGAAAAGGUGGUUAUGCUGAAGUUUACAAGGGGUGUUUGAGAAAUGGGCAAUUAGUGGCGAUUAAGAAGCUAACAAGGGGAAAACCAGAGGACACUACUGCAAACUUUUUAUCAGAGAUAGGGAUUAUGGCACAUGUAAAUCAUCCUAAUACUGCUAAGCUAAUUGGCUAUGGAGUUGAAGGGGGCAUGCACUUGGUUCUUGAAUUAUCGCCACAUGGGAGCUUGGCUUCCAUGCUUUAUGGCUCAAAGGAGAAGUUGAAAUGGGGCAUUAGGUAUAAAAUUGCGGUUGGAACGGCUAGGGGUUUGCUUUAUCUUCAUCAGAGCUGUCAAAGGAGAAUUAUCCACAGGGACAUCAAGGCUACAAAUAUUCUGCUAAGUGAGGACUUUGAGGCUCAGAUUUGUGAUUUCGGUCUUGCAAAGUGGUUGCCAGAGCAGUGGACUCAUCACACAGUGUCAAAAUUUGAAGGCACCUUCGGCUAUCUUGCUCCAGAGUACUUACUCCAUGGCAUAGUAGAUGAGAAAACUGAUGUAUUUGCCUACGGGGUGCUACUAUUGGAAUUAGUCACUGGACGCCGAGCGCUAGAUUAUUCCAACCAAAGCCUUGUUCUUUGGGCAAAACCCUUGCUGAAGAAAAGUGAGUCAAGAGAGCUAAUUGAUCCCUCUUUGGGCGAUGACUACAACUCCAGACAGGUGAAUCUCGUGCUCUUGGCUGCUACUUUAUGCAUACAGCCGUCGUCAAUUCGUCGGCCCACUAUGAGUCAGGUUCUAGAGCUUUUACACGGCGACUUUAGUUGCUUGAAGAACGUGAAGAAAACUCGAAUUUCAUUUUUCCGAAAGGCAUCUCGUGAAGAACUCACCAAUACAGAAGGCCACAAAACAAAACCAGGAAUAGGUUGAUCUUUGAUUAACCAAUUCCUGAGACAAAGAUGGUCGGUAAGAAAAAACAUAUUGAUGAUGGUGUACAUAAUGAAAAAGCAAGAACACGAGAAUGAAAAAGCAACUUCAGUUUGUGUACAUAGAAAGAUAAAGAAAGUUAUAGGAAUUUUUACAACCAAAUACAGUGAUGCAAUUACAAAGUCUCAACCCUAUAUCCUAUAUAAAGAGCUUCUGGCUCCUCUUCUAGAAGACUAAAAGUUCAUGAGGAACCAAUUUUUGUUUAAACAAAACUACAAUGAUAAUAUAUUUGUGAAUUUUGCAUUA